AUGGUGGAUAGCUCUCUUGCAAAAGCUAAGGUGAGAGUAAUAAGAGUGUGGAGUGGCUCAAUCCAUCUAGUCUUUUACCUGCAUUUCAAUCAGUUUCUACAAAAUCCAUUAAAUGUAUCCUUUGUGUACUCAUUUUCUAGAAUUACAACAACAGCUGCUUGUAUGAUGGAUUUACGAAGAUACCCUCUGGAUGAACAAAACUGCACAUUAGAAAUAGAGAGCUAUGGCUACACAACAGAUGACAUUGAAUUUUACUGGCGUGGGGGUGAUAAUGCAGUUACAGGAGUGACAAAGAUUGAACUUCCACAGUUUUCCAUUGUAGAAUACAAGCUUAUCACCAAGAAAGUUGUUUUCUCUACAGGCUCCUACCCAAGGCUGUCCCUCAGUUUUAAACUUAAGAGGAAUAUUGGCUACUUCAUUCUGCAGACUUAUAUGCCCUCCAUUCUGAUCACAAUUCUUUCCUGGGUUUCAUUCUGGAUUAAUUAUGAUGCCUCAGCUGCAAGAGUGGCUUUAGGGAUUACAACGGUGCUCACUAUGACAACCAUCAACACCCAUCUCCGAGAAACACUGCCCAAAAUUCCCUAUGUGAAAGCCAUCGACAUGUAUCUGAUGGGAUGUUUCGUCUUCGUGUUUAUGGCCCUACUGGAGUAUGCAUUGGUCAACUACAUCUUUUUUGGUAGGGGACCACAACGUCAGAAGAAAGCAGCAGAAAAAGCUGCAAGUGCUAACAAUGAGAAAUUACGAAUGGACGUCAAUAAGAUCUUUUAUAAAGAUAUAAAACAAAAUGGGACCGAAUUGCGAUCCCUGGAUCCUACUGGAAAUCUCUCCCCAACUAGAUGGACUGCCAGUUACGAUUACUCUCUUAAUACGGACAGAAGAAUUAUUGGGACAUAUCAUUGUCCAGAAAUGUAUUCAACAAAGAUGGAUCCACAUGAAAACAUUCUGUUGAGCACACUUGAAAUUAAAAACGAGAUGGCUGCCUCCGAAGCGGUUAUAGGCCUUGGGGACCCUAGGAGCACUAUGCUGGCCUACGAUACCUCGAGUAUCCAAUACCGGAAGGCUGGCUUGCCAAGACACAGCUUUGGCCGUAAUGCCCUGGAGCGGCAUGUGGCACAAAAGAAAAGCCGGCUACGGAGACGUGCCUCUCAGUUAAAAAUCACCAUCCCUGACUUGACUGAUGUAAAUGCCAUAGAUCGAUGGUCACGCAUAUUCUUCCCUGUUGUUUUUUCCUUCUUCAAUAUUGUCUAUUGGCUUUACUAUGUGAACUAAAAACAAAACAAAGCCACAGAGAUAUUAAGAACUGGAUUUCUCUUCAAAAUCAGUUGUACAGCCAAAUGUGGGACUUAGGGAAAACAAAAACCUUAUUCAGGACAAAAAGUUACUUUAAAACACCUUAGUUGCUGGCCCACUCCGUAAUCUGUUUUGUAAUUCUGGGGAGUUUUCUUUGCACAAACAUAGAAAUUACACUACAAAUGUAUACAACACAAAUUUUACAGAUAUGUCUGUGUUGAUGUUUUGAGACAAAAUAUGAGAGUUGGUCAUUUCAGUCCUGCACCCCUCAUUUUAGCACCAGUAAGUUUAGACCCAGAAAGAAGAAACUGGAAAACAGGUUUUGGGCUCUGGGAGCAAUGUGCCAUGCCUCUUUUCGCACCUGGAACAUUACCCAAAUGGUGGGAGUGCAUUCCUGUUACGAUAAUGCUUACAAUCCACAAAAUUACUUUUUUAAAAUAUUAACUUGAAAAUGAGUAGUGCCUAUUGUCAUGCCAUGAUCGGUUUCCAGAGUAGAUUAGAGAAGGGAAGAGUGAGAGACGGGUUCACUCCAAUUGUGGAAGUAUUUUGCCCGGAAGAAAUAUUAAGCAGCAUUAGUACAGAACAGUUGUUAGCCGUGC